AUGAAUACAAGAGGUACUACUAAGAACAACAACAACAUCAACCAAUUCGAUUUGUCCAAUACAAAUAAUACUUCAGAACACCAACACCCUCAACCCGAGCACAAUACAUUUUCUUCAAUUUCUCUUCCAAUUAUGAACCCUGAUUCAAUUCCCGCUGACCAUGAUUGGCAAAGAACACUCAUGUCGGAAGAACAGGAACCAAUUUUGAACAGACGCCAAACAGUCGACUCGAACCACCAAUCCAACAUGUUGAGGAGGGGUUAUCAUGAAAUCCCUUCUAAAAACUUUUCUCAUCCAAUUCUUAAAACAAGCCAAUACUCUGCUCAAACGAACCUUCGAAAUACGCUCUUGAAUGCAUCAGCUCAAUUCUCGGGAGAAAACAAUCCCAUAUCAAAUAGCAGCACGGAAAUAGAAUCCAUACAACACCAAGAAGAAAUGUUUUCAAACCAUGACUCAUCAGCAGCAUCACCGACAAGCACACAAUUGUAUCCGCAAGAGACAUUACUUGAGAUGUGUCGGGAUUUGGAUUUACUUAUGAGUGAUGUAUCUCAAAUACCUGAUGUGGUACAGGGUAGCAACAGCACAGGAUUCGAUUCAUUACCAUCCUCCUCCGUACAACAACAACAACAACCUCUCCUCAGCAGUACUCUCAAUAAUUAUUUCACCAAUUUUGGAGUUGACAACGAGACACAAUUGAAUGAGCAGCAACACAACCAAUCUUCUUUCUCAACACGCAUGAACAACACUUUUCAACCAACCCCAUGA